AUGCUUCACCUAUCCUGCGCAAGAUUAGGAGAUCUCUCCAACCUGCCGCCAUCCUACAUCGAGCUCCAACCAGGCUCGAGCGCUAAUGCAACGCAUCAAGCAAAGCAAGAGACGACACCGAGGAUGCCCGCGGCCACUCAAGACGCCGGCGAUGACAGCCCGGGGCUCGAUUCGGAAGCUUCUCGGCCACCACGACCAGAGCUACGUACCCGCGCCGAGCUGGCAGCCGAUCGAGACGCCGCUCUGCUUGCCCAUCAGAAGACCCGACUUGAGCUGCAUGAAGCCCAGCGUGCAUACAGCACUGGUCCCGGCAUGACGGGGAGACGGGCAUAUUCAGCCCUGUUUUUCUUGUUGAUUGUCGGGUGUGGGACCGGACUGGCGAUUUGGUGGUACAAGAGUCCGAAGCGGACGACGCAGGCGACGGUCGGUACGGCUGCGGUUAUAGACUCGUUCAUCCCUUGCAUCAGCAGCGAGACUGCGCACCGCACAUCUCGAGAGCUAGCAAACAAAAUGGAGACCAACGCAGACCAUUCCAAUCCGAGCGCCAGCAUGCGAAACGAUCUCGAAGCUCUCCAGCAAGCAGACGCAGAGCAGCGCACCUUCACGGAUCUGCGCACACUUACCAAGCUCGGCAAAGACCUGAACGCCGCGCAAGUCGCCUAUCUCUAG